UUUACUUCAUCCGCAAUUUUCUGAUAUUCUCUCUCUCUCUCUCGCAUAAACACGAAAUCCAAAUUUAGGGCUUUUUUAUUGUUCAUCGUUCAGAGAAACUCAUACAUCUGUUGAAUCGAAAAGAUGUCUUCAUCCGUUCAUCAUAGAAACUCCCAUCGGCACGCUGGAAACACGCUGAAGAGACCGUUCGACAACCCCGGUGGUUACGGCGGAAGAAUCGGAGGUUUCCAGGAGGAGGAUCGAAGCCGUUACGCGCCGGCGCCUCAGAAACGACCCAGAUACCAGACGCAACCGCAAUUCCAAUCGGGGACUCCUCCUCUGUAUAAUCGUCGUCAUCAACAUGAUGAUAGUAACUUGUCUAGGGUUUCUAAUUACGGUGAUGUGAUCAAUUCUAAUUCGAGUAAUAUCUCUUCUUUUGCCCAUCGUAAUUCGCAAUCUAACGCUGAUUAUCAGAAACCAUACGGUUAUGGAAACCCUAAUCCCCAAUCGGUUCCGCUUCCUUUACCUUAUCGCAAACUUGACGGUUUCGAUUCGUUACCGGAAUGGGUUCCUAAUUUCGCACCCAACACAAACCGUGACGUAACCGGAGUCCGGUUUAAUGCUAAUCCACCACUUUCUCAAGCACCACCUGUUUUUACGAAUUUGCCAAAUUCAAUGCCUUUGACUCAUUCAAACAUGGUUUCUGUUGUGUCUCAAUCGUUACCACAACAACCUAUUGUGAGCAAAGAAUUGGCAGAUUUACUUAGUGUUCUUAACAACAAUGAGAAAGAAAAAGAGAAAGAAUGUGAUCUUGGGCUUGAUUUUGAUAAAAUUAUUCUUAACGUGCGACGUGAAUCUGUUGUUAAGUCUCUUUACUCCGACAUGCCGAGGCAAUGCUCGUCGUGUGGUGUUAGAUUCAAGUGUCAAGACGAGCACAGCAAGCAUAUGGAUUGGCAUGUUAGGAAGAACAGGAUGGCUAAAGACGCGAC